GGUACACGUACUCAACCAUGUAUAUAAGAAGUCAACCAAAAUGGACAAACCAAGCCUUUUUGUCAUAACAUUCUAGAAAUUAAUGAUGUCUGAUGAAUCUCAUACAUCUCUGCAACUACCCAUUAUAGAUAUCUCUCUGCCAUUGCAAUCACCAUCUUCUCUCUCAUCUCUCUCUCAAGCCUGCAAAGAAUGGGGUUUCUUCCUCAUAUCCGACCAUGGAGUUUCCAAAGAACUAUACAACAAAGUUAGAUCACUAUCUGAAUACCUUUUUAGCCUUCCUGUUGAGACAAAAACAAAGCUUGGUCCUUUGUCUAGUGUAAAAACAUACACUCCUCAUUGCAUUGCCUCUGCUUUCUUUGAGAGCCUUAGGGUCUCUGGACCAGACUUUGCUGCCUCUGCUCAGAGCUCUGCAGAUGUUCUCUUUCAGCACCAUAAUUCUGAAUUCAGUGAAACACUGCAAGAAUAUGGGAGCAAAAUGACAGAACUAUCCAAGAAAAUUGUGAAGAUUGUGUUGAUGACCUUGGGAGAUGAUUUUGAAAACAAGUUCAAUGACUCUGAGUUCAACAACUGUCAUGGGUAUUUGAGGAUAAACAACUAUUCGCCUCCACAAAUCUUGGAAGAAGAAGAAGAAGAAGAGGUUGAGGGUCUUGGAAAACACACUGACAUGAGCUGUGUAACAAUUGUGUAUCAAGAUGAGAUGGGUGGUCUCCAAGUGAGAUCAAAAGAUGGCCGUUGGAUCGAAAUGAAUCCUUGUGAGGGCACACUUGUGGUGAAUGUGGGUGAUAUGCUUGAAGCUUGGAGCAAUGGAAAGCUGAGAUCAUCUGAGCACAGAGUGGUGUUGAAGAAGCCAGCGAACCGGUUUUCUUUGGCUUUCUUUUGGUGUUUUGAGGAUGAGAAAGUGGUGUUGGCACCUGAGGCAGUGGUUGGGGAAGGGAAUGAGAGGGUUUAUAGGCCAUUUGUUUGCUCUGACUAUUUGAAAUUCAGAGAGACCAAUGAGGAAGGAAAAUUUGAGAAAGUUGGAUUUACUGUUAAAGAUUUUGCUGGGAUUAAUGGUAGAUGAAAUAGUUAUCUACUACCAUUUGUUGUUGUGAAUUAAGGUUCAAAAAGUGGGAUUUGUGUUGAGCAAUUCUAAUAAGGUUCUUGUGUAUGUGGUGGGUCGAUUGCCUCGUAAACGUAGUGGUUAGAGCUGAUUA